CUACAACAGCUUGUAGUUAUUAGGUCUCCGGACCUAAUAAAAAUAGCAAGGAAACCGGAAAGUGGUUAGUUUCAAGAAAAGUUUAUUAAUGCUUCUUUCAAACAGUCCUAGUUCUCCAUGUCUACCCACAAGCGGUCCAUGUGGCCCCAUACAACUCAUGAAAGAUGGACCACACCUCUGGUAUCUAUUGUUCCCUGCUCUUUUUGAACAGCAGGGGGCUAGAAAAAAGUUUCAUCUAGUAAUGCAGAACAAAUGGAUAAGUUUUUCCUUCUGGGCAAGUAACUAUUUUGAUGCUCAGUUGCCUGUCUUGAUUGGAAAGGGCCCAGUUAAGUUGUCUUGGCUAAAACUAAACAAAGACAGCCAUGCAACUGCCCUGGAACCAAACCAAACCUUGAAGGCUGCUUGCCCAAAGGACAAUCUGGAUCGAGUUUAAAGUUUUUUAAGCCCUGCAUUAGUGUGCAUUUUUUAGCACUCCAAUUCAAAUUAAUAGAGAUGUAUAAAGGAAACAGGUCCGAUGCUUCCAAUUAAAUAUUGUUACAAAUCAGUCGUAUAUAUGUACUAUACAUGCACCUGACUUGAAGAGACAAGAUUUUGUUCACAACCUGCAUGAUCUUGUACAUUUUAAUAAUAAUCCGCAGGGUGUUUUGGAAUUUCCAUCGGGUCUACCAUUACUGAGGCAACUGGGUUUAUUUGUAGGUGUAAUUACUAUAUCAAUUUUAACAUACCAGUAGUCCAAUAUAAUCAUACAAUGAAACAUAUAUUAACCAUACACCUACAUUGUAUUAUAGAAGGGACCCUGGUCAGUAUCAUCUUACUGAAGUUUGUUUUACAGAAACACUUAGGACCUCCUCAGUCUUAUUUCUGCUUAAUAGGCUGUUUUACAGUUUUGUGCUCAGUACCCUGGCCUUUGAAUAGAAGAGAGGCUAGAGUUAACCUUGUUUUGUUACCAUCCUUGUUUUUUACGUUUAACUGAUCAUUUUGACAGGCUUGUCAGCAUGAGAAUUGCAUUAUUUGCGCAUGAAAAGCAGGAAGGUUUUUAACAGAACAUUAGGUCAACUCCAGCCUCGCUUCUAUUACUAUUAGUACUGAGUAUUCAAUUGUAAAAUGGCCUGUUAACUGGAUGGGUGUCCAACUGAUAUGGUGUAUGGUUAUGUACUUUUUUCUAACACUGUAGUAAUAAACGUCUGUAUAUGUACAUUGCAUGUUCUUCCUCAUGUUUACGGUACUAAUCACCCCAUUUUAAUGUUGCAGCUGAAGCAGCUGAAGAAAUUAUUAAAGUUCUGUGGCUGAUGCUUGGCUGCUCCGUGCAAGUUAGUAUUUAAUAAUAAUGGUAAUCAUUAAAUUUGUAUUAUUUCAUUAAUCCUUUCACUCCCAGAAGUGGCCAAACUCAAAACUUGAAAAAAAUUUCCUAAUUUUAUUUUGAAAAACGCUGAAAAACAAAUGGGUACUAUCGUCCAUGUGAAAGUGCUGCUGAAGAGAAUUCAUAUGAAAGGUAACACCAUAGGAUCUUGUUCAAAAACUGAAAAGUUACAACCACCUUACAAGACUCCAUCAUUCACUCUGGGAGUAAAAGCGUUAAUAAAGAAAUGCUCACCAGGAAACUAUUAACUGUGCAUACCCACACCUCCAUUCAAACAGUCGCUAUUAUUUUUAUAGGGGUGGGGUAGGUUAAUAAUAGGAGGCUAAGAUAAUGGACUGAAUCUCUCUAAAAUUUAACUCUUCAGAGGCUUGCUGCUCUGCUACCUCCUAAUUUUGUUUAGCUUCAUACUUUCUUUUAAAACUGUCACUGUAUCUUGGCAGUGGCAGAACUAUGGGGGGAGCCCUGGGGGAGCCGGGCCCGUAAUUUAAUCUGAUUUAAUCUGAAGUUUGCAGGGCUGAGACAAAUUAUUUGGGAAGCCAGGCACUCUCCUAUCUUGGACUGGAUGAACAGGCGCCUCACUUCAGUGAAGAUCUGAAUACGCCAUAGCGUAGAGACCUUUAUGGAGAGUAUAUAAACGGUGUAUGAAAAAACGCACACUGCAGACUUUCAGGCGACUCACGGACUUUCUCAGCCUCGUGAGGUCUAGUUCCAGGCGGCUCAAAACGCCAGGGUUAAAUUCCUGUGAAGGGCUAGCCUAUACUUUUGGGUGCUUCGCCUUCUAAACGUUUUUCUAUAUCUGAAUAAUCGGACGAAAAGGGUAGAGCUAUCACUUAAAGAACUAGAGUAGGCCAUAUAAGAGAUCAUUUAUUUGUUCCACAAGUGUGACGUAACGUCACGUGAUUAACGAGAUCGAAGCGUUAAUGGCAGAAGAUCGUGCGAGCAGCAAAUUAAACACUUUCAAGAGCGAUUUCUGAGCCAAGUAGAUCGCUUACGGUAUAUGUCUUGGUUGGAUGAAUUGGCAAAUUGCUUGCGAUCUAGCAGAUAAUUUGCAAACCAAUCAUGUGGCCUGCCACGGACACCAUAUUUAUAGAGUUUAUCUAACAAUAUUUAAUGAUUUACUUUUGCUUUUGAGAUAUCUAAGAAGAGGCCACAAGAUAUAAGGUUACUGUCAAUAGAGGCCUUCAGAUUAUCAGUGACCUCCAUAAUCGCUUGCUCAGUAGAAUUGCUUUUUCUGUAGCCAAACUGGUACUUAAAUAAUUAAUAAAAGCAUUUUAGAACAAAUUUUACCUGCCAGUCUGCAAGUCUGCAUUCUUUGCACUCCGAAAUUGAUCCUUGAAAAUAAAUUCUAAUAUGUUUACACUUUGGUCGGUGGUUCACAAAAGUCUUUUGUAACUUUUAUUUUUAGUCUGAUAACAGGCAAAAAUUCCUGUUUGUUAUUCGGGACACAAUGAGUACGGAGCAACAGUAUUACAUA